CGAAUUCAGGGGUCCUAAUAUUGAAAACUAUCAAGCGCCGUCAUUUACAGCUCAAACUUAUGAAUAUUAACACAAGCACAUGAGUAGCAGUAUGCCUGCUGAACGUAAGAAGUCCGUCAACAUGGAGGAGAGAGAGACGGGCUCCUUCAGCAACAAGGACAGAGACGCAGACAGACAGGCCGCCGCGUCCCGCGACAAGAGCAAAGACGAGACCAAGAUGAGCGCGAAGAAGGACGGAGGCAAGACGGCGGAAGAUAAGAAGAGACGGGCUGAGGAGGACAAGAGGAAGAGGGAGGAGAAGGAGCAGAAGAAGAAAGAGGAGGAGAAGCAGAGGGCAGAGGAGGAGCAGAAGAAGAAAGAGGAGGAGGAGAAGAGACAGCAGGAGGAACAGGAGAAGAAGCUCCUGGAGGAGGAAGCCAAACGACAGAAAGAGGAAGAGGCUGCACAGCUCAAGGAGAAAGAGGAGGUGGAACAGCUCCAGCAGGAGGCGUGGGAGCGACACCACGGCAGAAAGGAGCUGCGCGUGAAGAACCAGCACGCACCGGAGACGCGUCCCGAGGAGGCCUUCUUCAGCCGCCUGGACUCCAGCCUGAAGAAGAACACGGCGUUCGUCAAGAAGCUCCGCACGCUCACGGAGCAGCAGCGCGGCUCGCUGUCGCAGGACUUCGACUCGCUCAACCUCAGCAAGUACAUCGGCGAAGCCGUGAGCUCCAUGGUGGAGGCCAAGCUGAAGAUCUCGGACGUGGGCUGCGCCGUUCAUCUCUGCUCCCUCUUCCACCAGCGCUACACUGAUUUCGCACCGCAUCUCCUCGCCGCCUGGAAGAGACACUUCGAGGCCAGGAAGGAGGAGAAGUCGCCCAACGUGAGCAAACUGCGGACCGACCUGCGCUUCAUCGCCGAGCUCACCAUCGUGGGUCUGUUCACGGAUAAAGAAGGGCUGUCGCUCAUCUACGAGCAGCUGAAGAACAUCAUCGGCGCCGACCGAGAGACGCACACUCACGUUUCCGUCAUCAUCAGCUUCUGCAAGCACUGCGGAGACGAUAUCGCCGGGCUGGUGCCACGGAAGGUCAAGAACGCGGUGGAGAAGUUCAGCUCGUCCUUCCCUCCCUGUCAGAUCAUUAAUGCAGAGAAACAGCAGCCUUUCCAGAACCUGCUGAGAGAAUAUUUCACCUCUCUCACCAAACACCUGAAGAAAGACCACCGAGAGCUGCAGAACAUCGAGAGACAGAACAGGCGUAUCCUGCACUCUAAAGGAGAGCUCAGCGAGGACAGACAUAAGCAGUACGAGGAGUUCGCCACCUCCUAUCAGAAGCUGCUGGCAAACACGCAAACGCUGGCCGAUCUGCUGGACGAGAACAUGCCUGAACUUCCUCUGGACAAAACCGUCCAGGAAGAACACGGUCCUGGCAUCGAUAUCUUUACGCCGGGGAAACCGGGAGAGUACGAUCUGGACGGAGGGAUCUGGGAGGACGAGGACGCGCGUAACUUCUACGAGAACAUGGUGGAUCUGAAGGCGUUUGUACCUGCUAUCCUCUUCAAGGACAACGAGAAGAGCAGCCAAACCAGCAAAGAAGCACAAGAGGGAAACAGCACUGAGGAGUUGGAGAUGGAGUUGGAAGCGCUGGACAUCACUGAUGAGCCGAUAGAUCUGGACGUAGCCGACGAGACUGAAAGUGAAGAACUGGCCAAAAAGUUACUGGAUGAGCAAGAGCAGGAGGAUGAGGAGGCCAGCACCGGCUCUCAUCUCAAACUCAUUGUGGAUGCUUUCAUCCAGCAGCUCCCAAACUGCAUCAACAGAGACCUGAUUGACAAGGCUGCUAUGGACUUCUGUAUGAACAUGAACACCAAGUCCAAUCGCAGGAAGUUGGUUCGAGCUCUUUUCACGGUGCCCAGACAGAGGCUGGAUCUGUUGCCGUUCUACGCUCGUCUGGUGGCCACUCUACACCCGUGUAUGUCUGACGUGGCUGAAGACCUCUGCUCAAUGCUCAAAGGAGAUUUCAGAUUUCAUAUCAGAAAGAAGGACCAAAUCAACAUUGAGACCAAGAAUAAGACGGUGAGGUUCAUCGGGGAGUUGGCCAAGUUCAAGAUGUUUUCCAAAACGGACGCGCUGCACUGCCUCAAGAUGCUGCUGUCUGAUUUCUCUCACCAUCAUAUUGAGAUGGCCUGCACACUGCUGGAGACGUGUGGACGCUUUCUCUUCCGCUCACCGGAAUCUCACCUGCGCACGAGCGUCUUACUGGAGCAAAUGAUGCGUAAGAAGCAGGCUCAGCAUCUGGAUGUGCGUUACGUGACGAUGGUGGAGAACGCCUAUUACUACUGCAACCCACCGCCGAUGGAGAAGACGGUGCGCAGGAAGAGGCCGCCGCUGCAGGAGUACAUCCGCAAACUCCUCUACAAAGACCUGUCCAAGGUCACCACUGAGAAGGUGUUGAGGCAGAUGAGGAAGCUGUCCUGGCACGACCCUGAUGUGAAGAGUUACCUGAUCUGCUGUAUGAUCAACAUCUGGAACGUCAAGUACAACAGCAUCCACUGCGUGGCCAAUCUGCUGGCAGGAUUGGCAACCCAUUACUUGAUUGCAUUACUUCUAGUCAAGUCAAAGAUUUGUAGAUGCUUUAGAUGUUGAUGUGUGUUUGGUUCUCAGGUGAACCAGCCCAAGUUUAACCAGCGGCGGAUCAGCAGCGCUAAGUUCCUGGGUGAGCUGUAUAACUACCGUAUGGUGGAGUCUGCCGUCAUCUUCCGCACGCUCUUCUCCUUCACCUCGUUCGGUGUGAACACAGACGGUUCCCCGAGCCCGCUGGACCCCCCCGAGCACCUGUUCCGCAUCCGCUUGGUCUGCACCCUGCUGGACACCUGCGGACAGUAUUUCGACCGCGGCUCCAGCAAGAAGAAGCUCGACUGCUUCCUCAUUUACUUCCAGAGGUACGUCUGGUGGAAGAAGAGUCUGGAUGUGUGGACUAAAGAUCAGCCGUUCCCCAUCGACAUCGAGUACAUGAUCACAGACACGCUGGAGCUGCUGCGGCCCAGCUGUUCUUCUAGUUGUUCCGCUCAUGUUUCUGCUCUCCCCGUCGAGCAGCAUUCCUCACACAGACACUGGUUUGUUUCAGGCAAAGACGGCCGCUCCUCCAGCGCCAUGGGCGAGAACGAGCCUCUGGAUGAGGAGGACGAUGAUGACGAAGACGAGAGAGGUGCGGAGACCGAGGAGCAGUCUGGAAACGAGAGCGAGAUGAAUGAACCCGAGGAGGAGGAGGGCUCAGACAAUGAGGAAGAGGAGCGUGAGGAGGAAGAGGAGAACACCGACUAUCUGACCGACUCCAACAAAGAGAACGAGAUGGAUGAAGAGAAUAACGAGGUCACUCUCCGCGGCGGAGGACUCAAACACGUGGCGUGUGCCGAGGACGAGGACUUCAUCCAGGCGCUGGACAAAAUGAUGCUGGAAAACCUGCAGGUGCACAAACACUCUCUAAACCGUCUCCUCUACAUGCUUCUGAGAGCAAAACUGACCCUUUUGACUUUCUUAAGAUCGUCACCCCCCUCCUGCACCGCAGACGCAGACGCAGACAUCAGCGCCACCAUGCAGUUCGUCAUGCUCACACGCAAGGGCAACAAACAGCAGUUUAAGAUCCUGAACGUGCCGCUGUCGUCUCAUCUGGCGGCGAAUCACUUCAACCAGCAGCAGGCGGAGCAGGAGGAGCGCAUGCGCAUGAAGAAGCUGACGCUGGACAUCAACGAGCGGCAGGAGCAGGAGGACUAUCAGGAGAUGAUGCAGUCGCUCGCUCAGAGACCCGCUCCCGCAAACACCAACAGAGAGCGCCGGCCUCGAUACCAGCACCCCAAAGGAGCACCCAACGCAGACCUCAUCUUCAAGACCGGCGGCAGGAGACGUUGAUGAUGUCAGACCGAGCAAACGACGAGUCAAAGACAGCAAGAGAGAGAGAGAGAUGGACAGCGGUGCUGCGCUGGAACCGAGACACACCCACCUGACUGCAGCGUCACCACGGCAACCAGAGACGAGCCGCAUCAGCUGGUGGACACUGAUGGAAACACACACACACACACACACACACACAUAUGCAAGACUGAAAUGUCUCUGCAUUGACACACACAACGCGGAGGUGGUUUUAUUGUGUCAGGUACAGUUUGAUGGUUCGAUAGCGAGCGAACCGAGACUCCAACGGAGGAAAACUCAAGUGUUUUUGUUCUUCAGACAAACUUUGGGACGUGUUCUUGUUCUUUCUCCUGCUGUUUAUUCUCUUUAACCUCAGCCGGUCCGCAGCGAUCGUUCCUGAGCGAGACGUGCAUGGGCUGAACGCAGCUGUUAACCUGUUCGCUGUUGCAGUAAAGUGACUUCCUGUGACCGUGAGAAUGUCUCUCUUUGUGUCUGUGCUCUCAAACACACUCACCAGCUUGUUUUACAGCCGUCGUGAGUCGCUGAACUCACUAACUAGUGCAGCUGAUCAGAAUGCAGUCGAACCGGACGCAAACACACGCCUGUGGGUGGAACAGGUAAGAUCUAACCGAGGUUUCUGGCGAUACGCUUGAGCCGAAAACCAGGAAACAGGAACGUCUGUUUCAAGCAUCUUUAAAGUCACAAAUUUGAUGAAGAACAACUUAAAUCCCCAACGGAGGAUGUUUUAGUACUAGAUUUGCAGCUCAUUCUGUCCAGACACAUUAUUAAAACUCAUAAAACCACAAUAUGAUUACAUUCAGACAAAAUAAUGUACUUUAAAUAUCACUGUAAUAAAACAUUAGGGAUUUAAUUGUCAAAAAGUCUUUUCUUUCUAAAUUUCUUAAUGCAUAGAUUUUGUGAGAUCCACCUUUCUGCAUUUUUUUGAUUGAGUUCUUCUCUAUUCUGUGUUUUUUGUUUGUAUUGUGCUUUGAAUUGGUGAUUUUUCUAGUCUUUUCAUUGACUUUAUUGAUUAAAUGUCACUGUCAAACUUG